CAAAGUGAAAAAAAAUUGCCAUGUGGGAAAAGUGGGGAACAUCAUCAAACUUUAAGGCUGUCUCUCAGUAAAAGAGCCAAGAAAUGUUUCUCAAGAUCCAAGAAAAGAUUAGAAGAAGCCGUGGGUCCCAGUUGUGAAGACUGGCUACAAAGUGCUACAUUACGGAGACUUGACGACAAAAAGAGAGAGGAGGAGAGGGAUUUAUUUAUUUCUCCUGUGUCGCAGUGUUCCUCCCAGCUCACACCAGAUAUCCUCAAAUUCCACAGAGGAAGGAAAUUUGAAUCUUCCCCAGAAGUCUCCACAUUUGAGCGACUUUUGAGUUCUCAAUCCACUACUAGCAGUCCACAUGCUGAUUGGCUACAACCAUCUCUUGGUCUCAGUCCACAAGGUAGGGAGGUUGGAGCAUUAUCCCCUACCAUAACUUCUGAGGAUGCUUUAAUUAGAAGUCUGGGGAUCACAGCUAACGAUUCCGUGGCAUCGUGGACAAGUUCCCUGGCAACACCCUCCCAUCUCUCCAUAUCUCCAGCUGUCAGGCAAGAUUCAUGUGAAAAAGAAUACACAGAUGUAGGAAAACAGAAGAAAGUACCUAGGGCGUUGUUUUCACCGGGACUUGUUAAGAGUCAGGAUGAACUGUGCUGUAGUUUUAAUGAACAAGAACAGAGGGCAGAAUCAAAGGAGGAUAUAGAAAGUAACCCAGAGAUCAAAGAAUUAGCUGACAUCCCUGUGAAAUCUGAACCUACAGAGUGGGAGAGUGAGCCUAUAUUUUCUCAAGAACUCUUACCAGAGGAUUCAGAUACAGUCGAGAAUAUUCUGCCAAGUAGGAAUGAAAAAUCUUCAAGCUCUGUAGAAAAGGAUAGUAUUUCCUUGAUUGAACAUAAAGCUGUGACCCUGAAGCAAGAGGUUAUUGAUGAAACUCUCUCUGAUUUCUUUGAUCCACCCUCCAAAUCUGUUGGAAAGCGUCGGUGUGCUCCAAAUAGAGGACAGAAGAGGAAGUCAUGGGAGGAUUCAACAGUUGGCAUUACUAUAAAGAAUUCUCCCAUCUCAUCAUCCUCACCAGUAAAGGAUGUUAAAGAUAGGCCCAAUGCAGAAAUGUACAAGACUCCUAUGGAAAGUAACAAGAGAGUCAAGUCAAUUUUAUCUAACGAGAAAAGGAGGACUAGACGAUCAAGUACAAGGAAACGUGUAACCUUUAGUCAUACUGAUGACACUGCUAAAGAGUCUAAUGAAGUUUGUACUGAAAACAGUGAGCUUGUCAAAGAAAUAAAAAUAGAGGUAACUGGUCAGUCCUUUGAACAAAGCUCAUCUGACCAUUCAAGUCAUUUAAAAUUAAACAAGGAAUUGAUCUCCCACUCAAAUGAAGAAAGUGAUGUGACUACAGAGGAUGUAGAUGAUUUGUUUUCGCAAGUAUCACCAACUUCAUUGAAUGAGAUGUGUUCCCUUAAUAAUGAAAAUCUAUUAACAUUUGAUGAGAAUAGGGUGCAUUCUAAUACAUUACUAAACAAAUGUGAUAAAUCCCCCAAAAUCAUUGAUAAUAUUCAGAAACAGCAAGUAAAGUCUAGUGACAAAGCAUGCAAAACAAAGUCAGAAGAAGAUCACAAGCUUUUAAAUUCUAAACCAAAGGAAACUCCAGUCAGCUCUAAUGUAUCCAGCCUUAGGUGUAAGAACAGAAAAUUUUCAUAUCCUACCAAUAACCAGAUCACAAAAUCUUGCCCCAAGACUGUAUAUGGCUUUAAAGAAGUGGAGUCACCUCUCCAAAGCCAUCACAUUAUAGCAGAUGAACCUGGGGAUUCCUUGGCAAUACAGAAGGAUGAAACAAUAGUGAGUCAGAGACUAGAGAUUGAUGUCAACAGGUCAGCACAGACUGAAAACCCCAAAGUCAGUUCAACUCAAGCUUCAUUCAUUUCCACAGGGUUUCAGAAAUUCUCAUCAAUGCAGAAAGUAGUCAAAAAGAAGGACUGUUCAAAAGACAUCUCUGUCCCUGUGAAAGUCGUUACAGAGGAUUGUGGAAUAGAGCAAAAGUGUAAUAGUGUCAGAUCAGAGAAAGUAAGUACAUUACCAAAUAUGAAUCAAGACAGAAAUCUAAACAUACCAUCCACCAUGUCUAAUCCUGACAAGCCUUCAGAAGACCCCUCCAUUUACUACACAAAACCUAGUUAUCUCCCUUGUCAAGUUUCUAAUGAUAAAUCAGCAACAGAUACAGCUGGGGAAACCCUAGAGAUAUUUGAGGGAUUCUGCACAGCAGGUGGUAAAAAGUUUUCUCAAACAAAAGAUGCUUUACUGAAAGCAAGAGCAAUAUUAGAAGUGGAUACUGGUGAUACAGGGGAGAGAACUGUGAAGGAGACCCAUUCAGAGAAAGCACCUACAGAAAAACUUUAUCUACUUCAUUCCCAAAGCAGAACAAAAUUUGAACAAGUAGAGGAAGACAAUAUGGAAAUGUCUUCAGAGUGUACUGCUGGUUUUCAAGGAUUCCAUACAGCAAGUGGAAAGAAAGUAGAACUAAGUGAAAGUUCUCUCAGAAAGGCUCAGAUGAUUAUCUCUGAAGAGGGUGAUGCAAAAGAAUUUCCAGAUACAGGGUGUGACAGUAAUGCUUCAGAAAUAAUGCCAUCUGGGGACAGGGAAGAAGCUGAUUUGAUGACUGGGACACAUUUUAAAGGUUUCUCCAGUGCAAACAAACUUCAUCUCAGAGAAGGUUUUACUAACACUGCAGUAUCCUCAAGAAAUGUAGAUUCUGGAAAUCUGAAAGCAAGGGGAAAAAACAUAUUCUCAGAUAUAUUUGAGGAAUUUCAAGUCCAUGAUAAUCUUGACUCAAACUCAUUCACAGGAUUUGAGACAGCUGGUGGGAAGGAAUUUAGCAGUGCAAAAAUUGGUCCAAUAGAAAGCAAAGCAGUUUCCAAAAAAUUGGAUGGUAAGGAAGAACAUUUCACUAACAUUGAUGAAGAAGAAAUUAUUCAAACUUUAUUUUCUGGAAUGAAGAACAAAGGAAUCAGUGAUCAUAAAUCAAAACCAACGAGUGGUUUCCCCUUGAAGCCACAGAAAACUGAUCAGCUGAUGAAAUCUUCCUCAAUUGCUGCCAAAUUUCCCCCUGGUUCAAACAUUCCUAAAGGUUUUAGGCCAUUUAAACCACCUAAAAUUUUAGCCAAGCCAAAAUCAAAAGACUCAACACAUAAAGCAUCUAAUGUUGUAAAAAGGCUAGAUGAGACUAAAUCUGAGGUAUCCUCUAAAAAUAAAAUGCACAAAAGUGAACUUACAGAGUCUACCCCUCAGACAGAAAGCAGCGAGGAGAGGAAAAUGAAUGAAAAUAGUAACCAGAAAGAAACAGAUGCUGAAAAACCUGAUGACAGUGCAGAUUUAAGCAAUCUGUUUCUGAAUGAUAUGUUUGAUGAAGAGAUGGAAAUCUCCCAAAAAUUUACCCUGGAAGCUAUAGCUGAGAGGAAAGUCCAUGUAAGUGAUGCAAAUGAAAGUAGAGUAUCUGUAGAAAGAAAAGAAGAAAGAGUACCUUCCCCAUCUUGUAAUAAGCUGAAAGAUUGUACUGAACCAGUUGAUAAGCAAGUUAUAAAAUCAUCAGCUGGAAUGACAGAAUCCAGUUUUAGUGGAUUUCAAACUGCUUCUGGUAAAACAGUCAGCAUUGAUGACAAGAGUUUGAAGAAGGCAAAGGAAUUAUGGGAAAAACAGACAGUUGAAAUUUCAGAUAAAUUUGAUGAUCUUGAUCCUGAGAUUACAUUCAAAGAUAAAGAAGUAAUUCUACAUGCUGAUCUUUCAGAUUCUUGCAGUACUGACUUUGAAGGAAAAACUGUAAAUAUGUGUCAAACAAUAGAAGAAACUUUAAAUGAAGCAAGUGAUAAACCUAAGACAGGAAAUUCCUCUGCAGUAGAAGAUGAAGGAUAUGAUAUGACAGGGGAAUUCAAAGGAUUUCAGACUGCUUCAGGAAAAAGUGUAAGUGUGGAUAAGCAAUCUCUAUCUGUAGCAACAGAAUUAUGGGAAAAAUCUCUUGGAGAAGAUUUUCUGAAGCCUGUACAUAGAAACAGUAAAAGUGAAACAUUCCAAGGAUUUCAUACAGCUUCUGGCAAAACUGUAAGUGUAUGUGAUGAUUCCAUUUUGGAAGCCAAGAAAUUAUGGGAGAAGCCCCUUGAUGUACCCAGUGGGAAUAAAAACAAGGAUGGGAUGAAAAGUUCCAUGGGGGAACAUGCAAAUGUGGACAGGUUCAACCCUAUAAAACUUGUGGACAUCAGUAAAAGUGCCUUUUCAAAAUCAAAGAAGUCAUUAGAAAAUUUUUCAGCAGAUAAUAUUCAAAUAUCUAUCAGUCCAUGUGACAUUGCUAGGAAUGAACCAAGUCAAGAUAAGUUUUCAUUUCAUGGGUUUCAAACAGCAUCAGGGAAGGUGGUUAAAGUGGAUGAAAAAGCUGUUGCUGAAGCCAAAAAACUUUGGACCUCUUCAACUGAAGAAAAUAAUGACAAUUUUCCAGAAUCUGAAUUGGAAAAAUUAUUCCUUCAUGACAAUUUUUCACAAACUGUUACAAAGGACACAAAUUCAAUAGAGAACACAGAUUCAAUGGUAACUCUUAAAGAGACAUCAGAAAAUAUUCAAGCUGUUCCCAAGUUAAAUGAUCCAAAAGCUGCUGCCAAAUCACUUAAUGUUCUACAAAAAUUUCAGAGCAAGCCAGGAAAGGAGAAUGAAAGUGUACAGUCAUCUGUUUCACUUAGUCCUUUUAUCAGUGCCUCAGGCAAAAGCGUGCAUGUAUCUGAUCAGGCUCUAGUUCAUAUAAGAUGUGAAAUGAAAAAGUUAGAUGACUGUGAGCAAAAUAUAAAGACCUUAAAUAAAAAUGAAAAUGCAAAACCCAUUGAGAAGUCUUCUGCAAAUAUUGUAGCUUGUCCAUUUAUGAGUGCAUCUGGAAAACAGAUUUCUGUGUCAUCUGCAGCUUUAGAAUCCACCAAAUCAUUCUUCAGUGAAGAUAAUGAUGAAGUCAGUCUUCUCACAACAGAGAGAAAGAACUUUUCUCGAUUUCAAAUGGAUAGUGUUAAAUCCGUUUCAUUGUCUCAAAAAUCUCAAGAGGUGAUGAAAGCAAAAUUUGCAGAUAAGCAUGAAAUGGAAACAUCAGAUAGUACAACUGUAGAACCAAGGUUGAAGGAAAAGCCAUUUUCUCCUUUUCAGAGUGCUAGUGGCAAAAGUAUCUCAGUAUCUCAGAAAUCACUUGAUAUGGUGCGUUCUAAGCUAGCAGAAAACUGUGAAACGGAUUCAAAGGAACAAUCUUCAAAAGCUUUGGAUAAUGGAAAAACACAUCCCGAGAUCUCGCCUUUCCAAAGUGCUAGUGUGAAAUCCAUUGCAGUGACUAAAGAGUCUCUUGAAAUGGCUCAGAAAAGAUUAGAUGAAAACAAUGAAGGGAAUAUUGACAAACCAACAAGACACAGUUGUGAUGGAUCUAGUGUGGUGUCUCAGAUAAAUACUCAGAAAAGGAAGUUAGAGGACAUGCUGACUCCCAAGAGGCCAAGGAACAAAGACGUGGGAGAUCCCGGGGAGUAUGACAAUCUCGUGCUGCCUGAUGAUUUCUUUGAUGACAUGGAGACUCCCAACAAGAAAAUUAAGAUGGACUCUGAAGACGAAUCAAACCAGAAUCUAGGUGGCAUUUCAACUGAGAGGAAGAAUUUGGCUGCACUUUCAACAGUUCCUGAAGGUUAUACUAAGGACAGAUCAAAUUUCUACAGUAAACCAUUAAAGUGUGAAAACCCAAUUGAUGCCCAUAUCAGGAAUGCUCAAAUCAAGGCAGAGGAAGCCAAGAAACAAACAACUCAUGCUUCAACUAUACAAAGUUCCACCUUCAGAACCCCAUACAAAGCAGGAACAGGCUCUAUUACCACCCCACCUAACCCUGUGGUUAAAUCAGUGCAGCCUGUGUUUGUACCCAAAACAAAGCCAUGUGGUCAACCCCUCUCCUCCUUAUCAAUAAAUAAAACAGUGAAUAAACCAAGUACUCAACACACUUCAUGUCCAGAGCAAAGUAUACCUAGUAGGACUGAUGGAGUUAACAAAGAUGGGUACUUAAACGCUCUGAACACAGCCAUGAAUAAACAGGAGGAUAUGAUAAAGUCUUCACGAACUGUGAAGCCGAGUGCUGGUCGAUUGUUCCAGCUGAAAAAUUCAGGACAGAGGGUGAGACUUAGGGAGGUGAUAACUAGAAGUCAGGGAAACACUUGUUUAGGCAGUGUUUCACCAUCUGUAUGUUCUGUGAGAGCUUCUAGUGCUGCCAAGCAUAAGUUUUACCUACCAGAUUUUUAUGGCAGUGAUGUUACUCAGGUGUAUGUUGGAGAUGGGGCUCUUCUUGUUCCUGAUGAGAAAGGAUUUACCGGCAUGAAGGAGAUGUAUAAAGCCUUUCUGACAAUAGACAGUGUGGACUGUUCCCUGAUCAAUGAGGCAUGGUUCUGUAAUCACUAUAGGUGGAUUGUGUGGAAGUUGGCAUCAUAUGAAGUUGCUUCCCCUGAUAAGUUUGGUGGCAGGGCUCUGACUCCAGAAAAUGUAAUGCUGCAGAUGAAGUACAGAUAUGAUCGAGAAAUAGACAGUUGUCAUAGGUCAGCCUUAAGAAAAAUUAUGGAGAGAGAUGACACAUCAACCAAAAGACUGGUACUGUGUGUAUCUGGUAUAUAUAGAGAGCAACAGUGUAGAGCUUCUACACCGGCCAGUAAACAACAGGCUCCUCAAGAAACUGAGGUAACAGUAGAGCUGACUGAUGGUUGGUAUUGUAUCCCAGCAAAGUUGGAUGUCCCUUUACUGGACCUUGUUAAUAAAAAGAGGAUCCAAACAGGUCACAAACUGUGUACUUCAGGGGCGGAGUUAGUGGGAAGUCAGGAGCCCUGUUCUCCAUUUGAGGCACCAGCUUCUCUUCAGUUGAAGAUCAAUUUCAAUUCCACAAGGCCUGUCCCCUGGGACACCAUGCUGGGGUUUCAGAUGGAUCCCCGUCCCCUCUGUGUCCCAUUGUCAGAAACCAAUGGGGAGGGAGGAAUGGUGGGAUGCAUUGAUGUAAUAUUGGGAAGAAAAUAUCCUUUAAUGUACAUGGAGAAAUUGCCAGGAGGAGGUUCUAUUUUUAGAACAGCUCAGGCUGAGGAAAAAUUCAGUCAACUUCAUCAGAAACAAGAACAAGAAGCCAAGGAAACAUUGUACAGGAAAAUAGAGAACAAAUUUGAUAAAGAAGAUUAUGAAGAGAGCUGUGCCGUGAAAAGACAGUGGAGUAAGGGUGAAAUAGAGGAUUUACAGUGUGGACAAGAAGUGUGGGAGGCUCUCAGAACAGCCAAGAGACCUGACAUUAUAGAAGGGUACUUGAGUGAUUCACAGCUGAGAUCAUUAAUGGACUACAAACAAGAACUUCAUCAGAGGAAACUUCAGCGACUACAGAAUGAGUUCCAAAAAGCAUGGAAUGAUGAACAAGGGGAUGGGAAAAGCAGAAAUGUGGUUCCUUUGUUAAAGCUUAGAGUUGUAGGACUGUCAAAAAAAGAUGUGGAUUUCAAAAUAUCAACAAUAAUCUCUGUGUGGCGCCCAGGACAGGAAGUGAUGGAGCUGAAAGAGGGACAGCGAUACAAGAUACUCUCUCUGUCAGCCUCUCAAUCAAGAACCAAGUUCAGUCAAUACAGUGUACAACUUACAGCUAACAGACAAACUAAAUUCUUACCUCUUGGUGUAGACGAGAAUCUUCUAGACAUGGUGUUUGAACCCAGAGAGGUGCUGUGUGCAUGUGAUUUGAAGAGGCGGCAGCCUAUAUUUGGAGAGCUAGAUAUUGUGUGCUUACUUGUUAGCACUGAAGCAGCUGAAAUAAAUGAAAGGAAUCAGGAAAUUUUGUAUGGCAUGGACAAAAAUGGAGACAUUAUAGGAAUAAAGUUUUGGGGAGGUCUCAAGGCUUUUGGAAUGAAUACUACCCUCACUGUAGGGACAUUAUUCUGUGGAAGUAACAUUCAGGACAAGUUUCCCUACCGUUCCUCAAUCCUUCCUGUAGUAGAAGCCAGUCUGGAGUUUUCUGUAUUCACCAAGUCCCCCCAGGGGCCGACUCAAAGGAAUGCCUACCAGGUACUGACAGAGAGAAUAAAGACUUCAGGAGAGAAGACUCUUAUAGAGAGAGGUCAGCAGCUGGUGACAGAACUAUUGGAGAAGAAGAGGAAUAUGACACUGGGGCAUACACCAACAAAGAAUUCAAUGUUAGAGUCUGCUGACCAUAAGUCAAUGGCUGAGAAUGUUAGUCCACACCCCCAGCACUCCGUACACCAGGCCAAGAUGGCCCAACUCAUGUCCUAUGGAUCCCCCUCUCCUCUGUCUCCUAUCCCCACAAAAGUAACUCCAUCAGCAAGAAAGAAAUUCAAAAUUCCCAAACCUGCAGAUGUCUAGAAGGAGUUAGUUUUGAUUUGUUAUAGUUCCAAAUGUUGACAAUAUGUAUGGUGCUAGCAUGUUGUUUUUUAAUUUAAUUAUUCAGUUAGAGUAUGCAGUUAAAAAUGGAAAAAUUUAAGUAUAACUUUAGUUGAUUAUAUAUGUAGUAU